AUGUUCGCCAAUCUGGACGAGGAGAAGAAGGCGCGCUUGAGGGAAAGGAUUCUUCAAGCCGCUGCCGCGCCUCCUCCAGCUGCCACGCCGGCAAGGUCCAACAGUGACACCGACGGUGAGCAAGAAGUGCCACCGCAACACACUGAAAGCACGAAACACGCAUCGGAGCACCUAGCGAUCAAUGCUAAAAGCACCGACAUUGACAUUGCCAACAUUCGUCUGUUCACCCUGGACGACCUCGACCUUAAUCAGCUCACCGAGUGCAAGACUCUCUCUCUGCGCAAGAAUCUCAUUCAUGAGCUUUCUGCUUUCCCGCAACAUUUGGCCGGGCGGCUUGUUGAACUAGAUUUGUUUGACAACAAGAUCAGGAAGGUGCGCGAUUUUUUUGACUCGGCAUUGGUGCCAGACCCCGAAAGUGGAUCUCUCUCGAAGAAGGCAGUCCCACACGCGUUUUACUCCCUCACCAAGCUUGAUUUGAGCUACAAUCAGCUACGCAAGAUCACGGGCCUAGAUUCUCUAGGCUCGACGCUUAAGGAGCUCUACUUGGUGGAGAAUAAAAUCAAAGUCAUCGAAGGGCUCGGCAGCUUCGUUCAUCUGGAGCUUCUUGAACUUGGCGGCAACCGCAUUCGCGAAAUUGGAUCUGGGCUCUCUAACUUGCGGUCUUUACAGAGCCUCUGGCUCGGCAAAAACAAGAUCCACAGUAUUGGCGACUCCCUUCACAAUCUUCGCGAGCUCCGGAAGCUUAGCCUUCAAGCGAAUCGGCUGACAUCCAUUACAGAAGAGGCGUUUAAGGAAGGCUGCAACCCGUACCUCGUGGAGCUUUACCUGUCAGAAAACGGAAUUAGCACCAUCGAGAACCUGCCCCUGCAUUCUCUUCACCUGCUUGAUUUCAGCUUCAAUCCCAUUUCUACAAUCAACGAAGCUGUCAUCAACCCCACCAACAUGCCUGAACUGGAAGAAUUUUGGUUGACUGACGGGAACAUCAACGACUGGAGCGAGGUCAAGAAAUUCUGCGGUUUUGCGAACACCCUCCGGACCAUUUAUGUGGAGCGCAAUCCUAUCGAGCAAGAUAAGCGCUAUCGGGAUAAAGUUUACAUGAACCUUCCAUUUGUGACACAAAUUGACUCGUGGCCGGUUCUCAACAAGGGCAACCUCGAGGCUGAUCGGUUGAUUCAGCGGAGAGCAUCGUAG